CCAUCAACCCAUAUAAGUGCGCUAAUUGCAUAGCAUCAAUCUUCAGCAGCUAUGAUGACUCAAGUGUUCCUUUUCUUGCUUGUUUUCCUUCUCUCUGUCUACCUUCUCCUCACCAAAAAUGCUUCCAAAAGGCUUCCACCAGGUUCUCUGGGUCUUCCCAUCAUAGGUCAAAGCCUCAGCUUCCUAAGUGCCAUGCGCAAAAACACAGCAGAAGAAUGGCUGCAGGAUAGAAUAAGAAAAUAUGGCCCUAUUUCGAAAAUGAGCAUCCUUGGGGCCCCUACUCUGUUCAUUCAUGGACAGGCAGCAAACAAGUUCGUCUUCAGUUGCGACAGCAACACUCUAGACAGUCAGCAGCCAUCGUCGAUAAGUAGGGUUUGCGGUAAGAGGAAUAUCAUGGAACUAAGUGGCCAUGACCAUAAGCGCGUAAGGGGAGCACUCUUAUCUUUCUUAAAGCCUGAAAUUCUAAAGCAAUAUGUUAGUAAGAUGGAUGAAGAGAUUAGAAAGCAUUUGGAGAUGCAUUGGCACGGCAAGAAAACGGUUUUGGCAAUGCCAUCGAUUAAGACCCUCACCUUCAAUAUUAUGAGCUCGCUCAUUAUUGGGAUAGAGCAAAGUGCAAAAAGAGACAUGCUCCUACACCUCUUCCAACAACUGAUGGAGGGUAUUGUAUCAGUACCAUUCAAUUUUCCCUUCACACGAUUCAAUCGAAGCCUCCAAACAAGUGGGAAAAUCAGACAGAUUUUAGAGGAUCUUAUCCGAGAAAAAAGAGCUGCAUUGGAGCAUGGAACUGCCUUUCCUCAACAAGAUCUUAUCACGACCUUGCUUAGUCUCCGAAACGAGGAGAAUUCAGCAGUAUUAACUGAUGGGGAAAUUAUAGAUAAUGCAAUCGUGAUAAUGAUAGCAGGCUAUGACACCUCCUCCGUCCUCCUCAGUUUGUUGAUCAGGCUUUUAGCCGAUGAUCCAUCUAUUUAUGCCAGCAUUCUUCAAGAACAAGCAGAGAUUUCCAAGAAUAAAGCCUCUGGGGAGCUUUUAACAUGGGAUGAUCUCACAAGAAUGAAACACACAUGGAGUGUAGCAUUGGAGACCCUAAGGAUGACCCCUCCUGUAUUUUCUAUGUUCAGGAAGGUUCUCAAAGAUAUUGAAUAUGAAGGGUACCUGAUUCCCAAAGGAUGGCAGGUAAUGUUGUCGACCAGCAUGACACAUAUGGAUGACAGUAUCUUCCCACAUGCAUCAAGAUUUGAUCCAGAACGUUUCCAGAAUAAAGCAUCAGUCCCGCCGUAUAGUUUUUUAUCAUUCGGGGGAGGAGCACGCAUAUGUCCUGGAUAUGAAUUUGCAAGACUUGAAACUCUGAUCACAAUACAUUACCUGGUGAACAGGUUCAUUUGGAAGCUCUGUCACCCUGGCAUAUCUUUUUCAAGAGAACCAUUUCCACUCUUCAAGGAUGGACUGGAGAUAGAAAUUGAGCCAAGGACCCCUCUGUGAUAGAUAACUAAAUGCAUGCUCUAAUAUAUAUAUGCUCUCUGUCCUUCAAUUUGCAGAAUGUUCUGUUGAAUAAUUACUUAAAGUUGAAUCCAGAUAUGAGGGAUCUUCCAUC